UCAAGCAGUCAAGUCGUCAAUUCCUGGGGACAUGAGUCCCGCCAAAGUUUUUACGCGACCCACUUUUACUUACUCAUUUUACUUCAUUGGAAAAGCAAAGCACAGACACCGAGACAGCGAGACCUCAUUACUGCUCCUGCAGCAAACUGUAAUCAUUAUCCAGUAUUCGCUUGUACGAUUCGAUUCUAUUCAUUUCCAUCCAAUGCAAAGACCACUGCCUCUUUAUUGAUGCAACGGAUCGCAGCCGGGUAAGAGGUCAACACAACAGAUCCGUUCAAAAAAUUUUCAUCCGCUACCCCCGAGGCUCUCGAUGGGCCGUUUGGUGGCGUCAUUAUCAAUAGCAGCAGUCCUCCUGGCGCUGGUACUCGACGUUGCGAAUGGUCAAUUUCUCAAGCAGGGCUGUAACGAGUUGGCUCCCCUUGUUUGUCCAGAUGUUCCAGCGGCCAUUCUCCCGCCAAGACCAAGUCCAUCCAGCGAUGACGACCUAGAGGAGGACGACGACGAAGAUUUCCUAACGGUUGUGCAAAUUGAAACGGUGUGUCGACGUUUGUUUGACGACGGUAUCAUUCCAAAAGCCAUUGAACUGGAUGUGUCAAGACACGGAGAAUAUCUCGACAGCAUUGAUGCCACCGAUCCAUUUUGUGCCGAGAUACAAGUCGCCUACGGACAGUGUCUGUUCUGUGCGACCCAAAAAGACCGGGACGACUGCACAAUUCACAGCAGAGAGGUUCGAUGUGGAGGACAGCCGACAAAACAAGAAAUUAUCAUGGAUAACACAAACUAUCCACUUUAUCAGACGGAAGAAGACAUUGCUGUGGCUUGUGACGCCUUGCAGACAACAUUUGCAGAUGGGAAGGCAUCGUCUAUGGACUUGUGCGAACGUCACAAACAAAUCAAACACCUCUGCCCUCGCGAAUGUAGCGGCGGAUGCUUCGUCGCAGAAGAAUACCCCCCAACGUGCGAGGCGAAUACUACUGGGGUACCGGUGAGCAGUCCACCAACGGGCAGCCCAACCAUGGUUACCCAGCCACAAGCCAGGCAAAACAACAAUGGAGGAGACAAGAAUAGGGGGGGCAGAAAGCCUGCUUGUGAUCGGAUUAUAGAGAAGGCAUUCUUUGGAGUUGAUGCUGAUAUAUUUCUGAAUACAUCCAACCAUCUAGAAUAUUUCCAAAGCAUACCUGCUGAAAGCAAUUUCUGUCCCCUAGCUCGAGAGUCCUACAAGGAUUGUAUCUGGUGUAACCUCGACAACCUUUGUUUCAGUGAAGAAAACCCACCUUCCUGUGAUCCACCAGAAGGAGCUGUCGUCGACAGUUUUGAUAUGGAAAGCCUUGUUGCUACAGAGGAAAUCUGCAGUGGAAUAGACAGAGCUUUCUUUGGCAUUGACGACAUUUUCGACGCAUCCGCGCAUGCGGGACACAUUGCAAUUCAAAAGGACUCAGAACUCUGUGGGCAAGCACAGCAAGUUUAUCACAAAUGCUUCUGGUGCGCAAAAGACGUCCCAGCUGAAUUUUGCUCCACGGGUGCCGCCUGCGAUGGCAUCGUAUCCCCAGACGAAGUAUUGCCUCCAAAUUUCAAGAGUGUUGUUUUCGAUGGGGUGGACAACAAAGGUAGACCAAGGGAUGCGAGCAACUGUGAAGGGGUGGUGAAGUACCUUAAGGACUCAGUUUUGUAUUCUAGGCCACAUUCAUUGCAAGGGUGCUAUGAGGAGUUGUUGUUGGUAAAGCAUUGCCGUGAGGAGUACUGCCCCCGAGUCGAAGAUGCACCGGAACGAGAUGACCACUACUUGGGUGCUACAACAGAUGCCGAAAAAAUGGCUUUGAUCUGGGUGUCUCGAGCCUCUGCUAUUCUCUCCUUCCUGGGGGCAUCUUUUGUGCUCUUUGACAGUCUAUCGGAUGGGAAGGCACGGGAGACAGUUUACCACCAGUUGCUGAUUGGCAUGGCGAUCAUGGACUUGGUCACAGCAGUGUCUUGGUGUUUUGCAACAAUCCCCAUUGAUACAACCUUCUCUGGUACAGACCAUAUCCUUGGAGCCAUGGGGAAUGAGGCAUCAUGCAAGGCACAAGGGUUCUUUAUCCAGCUUGGCUUCACCUCUGUAUACUACAAUGUGUCGCUGGCUUUGUACUAUGUCCUAGUCAUUGCAAGGGACUGGAAGGAAUUUCAUCUGAAGAAGAUCCGGUUGUAUCUGCAUGCCGUACCAUGCACCGUUGGGUUGGGACUCGCAUUGGGUGCGCUUGGGAGCUAUAAUUUUAUGGGAUAUGCCUGCCAUUUGCUGCCCCACCCAGAAGGAAGCCUUGGCACAGUGAUGCUCUUUGUAAUCAUUCCUUUGGGGUUUUCAGUUGUUGCUAUUACGGCUUCCAUGCUGGUUGUGUAUGGCACGGUCAGGUCCAGAGCUGGGGCUUCACGGAAAUGGUCUUUUGGUGUUGGAUCAGCGAGCAAAUUGGAACAGGCCGUGUUCUGGCAGUGCCUCUUUUAUGCCAUGGCUUUCUACAUAACGUGGCCCAUCAUGUUUGCUGUAUAUUUAGGCUCUGUGGGUGUGGAUGGGCCUCUUGGUCUAUCGCUAACUAUUGCCUUUGUGGCUCCUCUUUCUGGCUUCACCAACUUUUUGGUGUACAUCCGCCCAAAGAUUGUUGCAAGACGCAAGAAAAGGGCCCCACGACAAUCAAUCGAGUCUGCAUCAUCGUCACCAUCAACAAUUUUUGUGACAGCCAUGAUGCGAAUGUUUCGGCGAACUGGACCACAAGGUUCUUCCCAGAAUGAAGAUUACACGCUUCGAGGAAGAAACGUGGAUCCUUCAGUUUUAGUGGCGGUGGACCCAACAGAGGACCCAACAGACCCAUCGGGCGCGAUAUCUUCGCGCCCAAGCCGACUAUCCCUGUCGCCAAGUGUGCCCCCAGAGUUGGAACGAUCUUGAGCAGGGAAGCCGCCUUCAACGGCCAGCGACGCAGAACGUCAGGGGCAGUCAAUGCUACGGUCGACAACAUUCACGAGACGGCGUGCUAUGGCACCAUAGCUUGCUACCUUCCGACAGUGAUUCACGAGAGGGUGCGCUACGGCACUACCGGUAUAGCUUGCUACCUCAAUUCGCGGGGAAGUGUGCUAAUGCUACGGUCGACAACAAUUCACGAGACGGUGUGCUAUGCACCAUAGUUGCUACCUUCCGACGGUUGGUUCUGCUUUCAAUUCGGACUGCGUCCUUCCGAAAGGAGCCCUGCCAGAGGCCCAUCCCGAGAGCAACUCUAGUAUUGUUCAGCUUCAGUGAAGUUGAGGCACGGUUCGGGUGAAACGAUCACCAUGAGGUACCGUAGGCAAACGAAAUAGUACAAUCUGUGACGCUUUGG